GGAGUUUUUCUUGUCUAGCUGUGCUCAAAGGGGAAAAAACAGCAGAGGCUGCUGGAGGAGGGGGGAUGCAGCAGUGCCAUGAGAGUGUAAAGUACAGGGUGUGACUUUUUGGGGUGUAGAGGGGGAAGGAGAGCAUGGGGAAUGGUGGAUCCACUGGCCCUGGGGUUGGGAGGGGUUAUGUUGUGGCUCCAGGUAAUGUGAGCUCUAAGUAAGGGAAAACUGACAGAUUUACCUCAUCUCUUCUCUCAUCCCUCGAUUCCUGUUCACUUGAUGAUUUGGCUUUUGCAUCUCUUAGCUCCACUGCCUAUUUUACGUAUAGAAGAGGAGGCUGAGGUCUCUGUGCCGCAGAGCUUGUGCUGGGGAAAUACACCUGGUCUGCAGGGAUGGGUGCCAGGUUCUGGCCAGUCUGGAGGCAGAGGGGCCCUGCAGGUCUCCCUUGGCUCGUGUCCUCCUCAGAUGUCCUCUUUAGUGCGGUCCUGUGGACUCCUCAGGGCUGGCAAGGCGUGGAGACUGAGGCCGCAGCUCAGGCUGAGCAGUGUGGGCUGCAGCUGGUGAUGGUUUGGCCACUGAUUGUGGAGACGCUGGCUCCCAGGCACAGGUAGGACGUGUCUGGCCCGUCAUGGGCACCGUGCUGGGGCUGCCGCCGUCUCAGAGUCCUCCGUAGCCUGCCAGCAGCAGGUCGCUGCCCUGACGUGCCACCAUGGAGCAGCCCCUGCGCAUCCUGGGCUCCUGUGGGCAGAAGGCAGAGGCCAGCGAGGAGAUGCCGCCAGAUCCUGUGCAAGAGCCAGAGGACCCCGAGGAGCUGCACAUUGCCCUGCCCUUAGGCGAGGAUGGGGAGCUGGAGGAGUGUCCCCUCUGCCUGCUUCCCCAGCCACCUGAGGCCUUUCCCAGCCUCGCCUCCUGCUCCCACCGCUCGUGCCGGGCCUGCUUGCAGCAGUACCUGCGCAUCGCCGUCAGCGAGAGCCGCGUGCGGGUGGCCUGCCCGCACUGCCCCACCGCGCUGCAGCCUGCUGACAUCCACCACCUCCUGCCCGAGCCCGCCCUCCGUGACAAGUACGAGGAGUUCCUCCUGCGACGGCUACUGGCAGCUGAUCCCGGCACCCGCUGGUGUCCUGCACCGGACUGCAGCUAUGCUGUCAUUGCCUACGGCUGCGCAGAGUGUCCUCGCCUCACCUGCGGGCGUGAGGGCUGUGGCACCGAGUUCUGCUACCACUGCCGACAGCUCUGGCACCCUGAUGAGCCCUGCGCAGCAGCACCGCUGGCCUCCGGCCUGGCCAGCCCCUCGGCACAGCUGGUUUCCCCAGAGGAGUCAGCCAAUGUUGAGGCUGAGGACAUCAAGGUCUGUCCCCGCUGCAGUGCCUUCAUUAUGAAGAUCAAUGAUGGGAGCUGCAACCGCAUGAACUGCACGGUGUGCGGCUGCCUGUUCUGCUGGCUCUGCCUGCAGGAGAUCUCUGACGUGCACUUCCUGAGCCCAUCUGGAUGCACCUUCUGGGGUAAGAGGCCCUGGUCAAGGACCCGGAAGAUCCUGUGGCAGCUGGGCAUGGUGCUGGGGGCACCUAUGGUGAUCUCCCUCGUCGCAGGCAUCGCUGUGCCUGUCAUUAUCAUUGGGCUUCCCAUCUACACGGGUAGGAAGGUGCUGGGCCAAAGCCGGAGGAGCAGCUUGUCAGCAUGCCAGCAGUGCUUCUCUGUCACCAGCGGCGUCCUCCUCUCUCUCUUUGUGUCCCCCAUCAUAACAGCUGUCACAGUGGGUAUUGGCGUGCCCCUGAUGCUCACCUAUGUCUAUGGAGUGGUGGUGCUGUCUCUGUGCCGGAACCGCAGUAGCUGUGGCCGCAGCCAAACUGGGAACCUCGGUGUGGUGGAGCUGGAGAACCUGACCAAGCUGAACGAGCUGUGGUCAGUGCUGCCCAGCCCCAAGGGAGUCGAGGACGGAGUCCCGGACACAGCCACCUCUUUCCCCAGCAGCAGCCACAGCCCACGUCCCAGGCUGGUGUGGAAGGAGCAGGACAGCCACUCAGCCAGCACCGUGGCCCUCGCAGGGAGCACACUGAGUGAUACGUCCUACCGCAGUGUUCUCCCGUUGAGCUGCUGCCCUAACGCGUUUGUCUGCAGAGAAGGCAUCAACAUCGAGGUGGAAGUGGCGAUUGAAUCAGUGCCGCCUCCUGCCCAAGAGCAGAGCCUGUGCAGCCCGCUGUCAGGGCAGAGUCUGUCGGGGGACUCCCUGGGAGGCACCAGCGACAGAUGCAGCGUCACAGGCGUCCCAGCGGAGCGAAGAGGACAGUGCAGCAGUGAGCUGGGAGAUCCCUGAGCUGCAGAGCAUCCACUUCAGCUCCCGCCGCCGUGAAGAGCCCACGCCUUCCUUUGGCAGCCCUGGAUGCCCUCUGCAUGGCAUCAGCAGCCCUAGGGACUGGAUCCUGGCCAUCCCCAGGCUCGGCAGGCGCUCACCCCGCACUCAGCGCUGCCUGCUCCCCGUUGUAUCCAUCCCAUUGCACCUCUUCCCCGAAGGCAGGCUUGUGCAUUGGCACUGCUGAGAAAUAAAACAACGCUCCAAGUGUCACA